UUAGCGACAAACUUGGCAGCAUGGAUUUCUUAAAAUUUUUAAUGCACUCCCAGCAGCUGACCAAUUGGCGCUCCACUGGCGGGCCAGAGCUGAUGUACAUUGUCCUGUCGCACGAGAGCUGCGAUCUGGACUCGGUUGCUAGCACACUGGCGAUUGCCUACUUGCACUUUCGCAAUCGGGGCAUAUUCAAGCACAAAAUCUUGCCAGUUUUGAAUAUGUUGCGUUGCGACUAUGCCAGCAAAACGGAGGUUAAAUUUCUGCUCGAGAAGCGGAGCAUCAAUGCCGAGACGCAUCUUGUAUUUCGCGACGAUGUGCCCGGCGAUCUGUUGCAGUGCAGUCGCUUUAUUUUGGUCAACCAUCAUGUGAGUCCGUUUCACUAUUGCAGCGAGGAGGUCUACGACUAUCGGCCCUAUCAGUGCGAGGCCGCCCGUUUGCCUAUCUAUUGUCAACGGAUCAUGCAUCCGAUGCGCUCCUGUGCGGCCAUCGUCACCGAGCGCUACUUGAGUCGCAUCUAUAACUCGUCGAACGUGCAGUGUUUGUUCGUCUUUGAGCUGCUGCAUGCCGCACUCCUCUUGCAGAAUAAUUUUUUCGAAUAUACACUGGAGCAGCUGUCGGAGAUGCGCGACUUUCAUAUGUUGCUCUACCUGGAGAAGCAGCUGGGCAUUCUCGAUAUGCCCAAGCGCACCAUUCUCCGCGACACACUGGUGCGUGCCAUGUUCAAUUUAGACGAACUGACACUGCCACAGAUUCUGAGGCGCGAAUUCAAGCUGAUGUGCGCAAAGAAUGAGAACUAUUUUGUGCGAAUCGCCCAUUGUUGUUUUCCCAUGGCCGUGACACGUUUCAUCUCGUAUGAGUUCGCAGAGCAGGCGCUGCGGGAGUUGGGUGCAGAGAACAAAUUGAAUUUUAUCAUGCUACUGGGCACCAGCACCCAGCAAAAGGGCGGCCUGGGGAUCAAAGAAAUCGGGAUUAUACCGCUGGACGCACUGCGUGCCGUCGGUGAUCGCCGUCUGUUCGAUCAUUUGAUUAUCAAUUUAAAUGCGGCAGAUCAGCCGCUGCUAUCCCUGGAGCCGUACCGCGGUCUAGACUUUAUGCGGGGCGCUUUCUUCAUUAUCGAUGAGUGCAAUAUUAAAUUUUAUGAUAUACUAAGUCUCAUGCAGCGCAUCAUCUACGACUUUAUAUCCAAGACAAUCUAACAUUGUUUCAUUUUAUUACUAUUAUUAUUAUUAUUAUUAUUAUAUGUGAAAAUGACAUAUGAUAGCCCACUCAACUUCACCCACCCAUACACCUUUCUACUUGCGAGUCUAACUCUGUUUGUAUGCUCAUUUGACGAACUUACUCCAUCAACAUUUACACAAGCUAAUCCACUGUGGGAUUAUUAUGCAAGUCAACAACUGAACUCUGAUAUAAUGCAACAUGAUUAAAACCCUCAUCAGAUAUCAAAAAUAUGUUAAU